GAGCGAGGAAAGCAGAGAUUUCGCUCUGAGCCAUGGAGGCAAAUUAGACCGCUUAACGUCUGGGAGCGGGGUCAGCGUUUAUCUUAAAUAUAUUUGCAUAACUACAGCCGCAUGUUCCGAUGGGGUUCCGCUCCAGCGCCCACGGUUUACGGUGACUGCACUCCUCCUCAAGGAGUGAUGCCAGCUCCCGAGCAGCCCCUCGCUGAGGAGGAGGACAGGCUGUGCACCGUCCGGGAGGGCCCCCCCGGGCCUCCUGUGGAGUCCCACAGCAUCGCGACCAACAUUCUGGCCUCCGUCAAAGAGCAGGAGCUCCAGUUUGAGCGGCUGACCAGGGAGCUGGAGGCGGAACGCCAGAUUGUGGCCAGCCAGCUGGAGCAAUGUAGGCUGGGGGGCGAGUCUCCGGGCGCUGCCAGCGCCAGCUCUUCUGAGAAGUCCUUCCCCUGGAGAUCGGCAGACGCCUCGGUGGUGGGUGAGACCAAAUCGCGGGUGACGGACAGCUCACAGUCACCCACCUACUGCACGCGGAGUGAGGCGGACCAGGCAUCGCUGUACUCCCCCGAGCAGACAUCUCUGCAUGAAAGUGAGGAGUCGGCCGGGAACUCGCGCAGCUCCACGCAGAUGAACUCGUACUCGGACAGCGGCUUCCAGGAGGCCUGCGGGUACUACAGUGGACAGGGUGCCGGCAAGGCGGAACUCAGGCUGCAGCACUCCUAUCCUGGCAGCGGCAACUCGCUGGGCCGCGGAACCCGCGCCGAGGGGCAGGCCUCCAUCCAGGUGACCGGGAGUCACCCCGCCGGCUCGGGCCGGGCCAUGCGGAGGGUGAGCUCGGUGCCGUCCCGCACACACUCGCCUGCGUACGGCAGUGCCGUGUCCCCGUCACGCGGCUCCCUGCGCACCUUGCUGGGCAGCGCUUACGGCUCGCCGGUGGUGGCCGAGCCCAAGCCGUUGGCGGCAGUAUUCUCCACGGCGACGCUGCCCGCUUCCCAGCGGCCCGGCUCCCCAGCCUCCAUGCGGCCUGGCAGUGCCGGCCGCGCCGCCUCCUCCUCCUCAUACCAGGCGCCGGCACGCACCGGCUCCCCCGUCGCCACGCCGGGGUCCUCCUCACCCUCGCCGGUGCGCUCUGGCAUGAUGGCGGUGCCUCAGCACUACGGCUCCACGCUGCCACGCUCCCUGCUACACGACGGUGACCUCUACGCCCCGCGCACCUAUGAACUCUACGAGCGCAUGCUCCCGCCGCGGCCCGACAGCCUCACAGACGCACUGAUAGAUGAACUACAAGGCCUUCGGACCUCCUACGCCAGCCAGCACAGCCUACUGGGUCAGGACCUGAGGAUGGCCAUGUCUCCCGACCGCCACAUCACCCCCAUUUACGAGGGCCGCACCUUCCAGGCCCCCUUGUUCCAUAGUCCCAAUCAUGGCACUGUUGACCUGAACCACGGCUCCCAGAGUGCCCUCUACAGGACAAGCUCAGGUAUGAGCAACUUGCAGCGGACCCUGAGCCAGCACAGUGCCGCUCCCUACCAUAAAGGGGGUAACUAUGCCACGUACACCGAAGCCUACCGCCACUACCGGCCCUCUGAGCCCAGCUACAGCCGGCGGGCCGUGGCCAUGGACGAUGGUGCCACUCGCUCUCCCUCCAUAGACAGCAUACAGAAGGAUCCCAGAGAGUUUGCCUGGCGAGACCCUGAGCUGCCUGAGGUCAUCCACAUGCUGCAGCACCAGUUCCCAUCGGUCCAGGCCAACGCGGCGGCGUACCUACAGCACCUGUGCUUCGGGGAUAACCGGAUCAAGGCCGAGGUGUGCCGUCUCGGGGGCAUCAAGCACCUGGUUGACCUUCUGGACCACAAGGUGCUGGAGGUACAGAGGAAUGCGUGUGGAGCCCUCCGGAACCUCGUCUACGGGAAGGCCACGGACGACAACAAGACGGCGGUCCGGAACGCCGGCGGGAUCCCUGCCCUCCUGCGGCUGCUGAGGAAGACGGCAGACACAGAGAUCCGGGAGCUAGUGACAGGAGUGCUGUGGAACCUGUCCUCCUGCGAUGCGGUGAAGAUGACAAUCAUUCGGGACGCCUUAAGCACCCUCACCAACACUGUGAUCAUCCCCCACUCUGGCUGGAGCACCUCCUCCCUUGACGAAGACCACAAGCUCAAGUUCCACUCCUCGCUGGUGCUGCGCAACGCCAGCGGCUGCUUGAGGAACCUGAGCUCCGCGGGGGAGGAGGCGCGUAAGCAGAUGCGCUCCUGCGAGGGCCUGGUGGACUCCCUGCUCCACGUCAUCAAGGCCUGCGUCAGCACCUCUGACUUCGACAGCAAGAUCGUGGAAAAUUGCAUCUGCACUCUGCGGAACCUCUCCUAUCGCCUGGAGCUGGAGAUGCCCCAGUCAUGGCUGCUAGGGGCUCAGGAGCUGGACGGGCUGGUAAACAGCGAGUCCCCCAGCAAGGACGUGGACUCCAGCUGCUGGGGCAAGAAGAAGAAGAAAAAGAAGAAGAAAGGCUCGCAGGAUGAGCAGUGGGACGGCGUUGGCCCCAUCCCCGGUUUUUCCAAGGCCCCCAAGGGGGUAGAGAUGCUGUGGCACCCAGCCGUGGUGAAGCCCUACCUGACGCUGCUGGCGGAGAGCUCGAACCCUGCCACGCUGGAGGGCUCAGCAGGGUCCCUGCAGAACCUCUCUGCGGGAAACUGGAAGUUCGCAGCCUACAUCCGGGCAGCAGUGCGCAAGGAGAAGGGCCUGCCCAUCCUGGUGGAACUGCUGCGCAUGGACAACGACCGCGUGGUCUGCUCUGUGGCCACAGCGUUGCGGAACAUGGCCCUGGACGUGCGGAACAAGGAGCUCAUAGGGAAGUACGCCAUGCGCGACCUAGUGAACCGCCUGCCGGGCGGGAGCACCACGCUGCUGUCGGACGAGACGGUGGCCGCCAUCUGCUGCACGCUGCACGAGGUCACCAGCAAGAACAUGGAGAACGCCAAGGCGCUGGCCGACACAGGCGGCAUCGAGAAGCUCGUCAGCAUCACCAAAGGCAGGGGCGAGAGGUACUCGAUGAAGGUAGUAAAAGCAGCAGCUCAGGUUCUGAACACAUUGUGGCAGUACAGAGACCUGCGCACCAUUUAUAAAAAGGACGGGUGGAACCAGAACCAUUUCAUCACACCUGUUUCCACACUGGAGCGAGAUAGGUACAAAUCACAGCCCACCCUGCCAUCCACGAACCUACAGAUGUCACCUGUCAUCCAGUCAGGUGGCAGUGCGACGUCCUCUCCUGCCAUGUUGGGGAUUAAAGAACAUCGCUCAAAUUAUCAAAGAACACAGUCAUCUAUGCAAUUCUAUAAUUAUCAAGGAGAUGGCAGUGUACAUAAAUACCAAUCCACAACAUCCAGGAAGCCAUCACAGUAUUUUACAGGGUCCUACUCCUCACCCACGAGAGAGGAGCCCAGACGAGGACAGCUGUACUAUGCUGAGGAUCCCAGCAGGAGGACCUAUGAUACCUACAGAAGGUACCUGCAGUCUCCACACAGCUACGAGGACUCCUACUUCGAGGAUGGCGUCCAUUACUCCUCCACAGCGGACUACGCGCCAGCGCCACACUCGCUGAAAUCCACCACGAACUAUGUGGACUUCUACUCGGCUGCAAGGAGGCCUUCGUACCGGGCGGAGCAGUAUCCGGGUUCGCCAGACUCCUGGGUGUAGAGGCUCCGCCCCUUUUCUGGGGAAUGGAGUCCCCUUAUUGGCUUUUACCUGUACGUUUCAUUGUUAAAUGACUUUUGAACGUGGGUUUGUCAGGAUGUAGGUGGACAGCAGAACGUCUAGCCAAAGAAGGAGAUGGUGGAAUGUGUGUUUCGUGUUGGUAAGAAAGAAGAAUUAUGAAGUGGGAGGGGCCUGAGCUGGGCCUGUUGGAUGAAGUAGGAGGGGCCAGGGCUGGGCCUGUAUGAUGAAGUUGAAGGGGACUGGGCUGGGCCAAUAGUAUGAAGUAGGAGGGGCCAGGGAUGGGCCUGUUGGAUGAAGUUGGAGGGGGCUGGGCCAAUAGGAUGAAGCAGGAGGGGGCUGGGCUGGGCCUGUUGGAUGAAGUUGGAGGGGGCUGGGCCAAUAUGAUGAAGUGGGAGGGGCCAGGGCCAAAUGUCUCUCUCUCCUGUGAUGUACGUUUUCUUUUUUGUUUGUUUCUUUAAAGCUUGUAGCUGUGCUAGCAUGUUGAAGGAGUGAGUAAAGUGAAGAAGGGUACGGGAAUGUGACAGGACUGCGUAUGUAGGGACAAGCCUUUCAUAGCACUAAAAAAGAGGAUCUAAUGGUGUUAGUUUGUACAGAGGAAUGAAAUCAUAUUCCUUUCUUGUAUUAUUGCUGUACUUAAUAUUGAGAUUGUGUACCGCCAAGAAUCAUGUACAUUUUCUCCAUUUUAUUGUAAAUACGGGGGAAAAAAAACUCUAUCACUGGUUUUAAGCUCAUGAGUGCCCAUAUAAGAUUUGUGCCAUGUCUAAAUUACAUAGAAAUAUAAAUGCAAAGAAACUAGAGAAUAAUUUUGGAGCAGUGGGAAGCAUGACACAUGCAUUCGAGUGUAAUAAAAUGACAUAUUUUUUGUU